AUGCAGACGAUUCAAUCACCAGACACCGACGUGUUCUCGACCCCGCCCUCGACCCCUGGCCUCCUGCGCGACGCUCUCCGCCCAUCCCUCACUCGCCGCUCCAGCAGGCCCACCUCGCUCCGCCUCCAGCACCCUGCCGCCGCCGUCCCCGACAUCGUCCUCGACCAGCAGGCCUCGCCCGAGCUCAGGAAGGCCGCUUAUCUGAACGGGCAUCACUCAUCUCCCGCAGCCUCGGCCUUGGGAACGGACCCGACGCUGACCCACGCACACCCCGCUGCCGCAACCUCCCCGGCACCGCCUGGGUAUUCGUCCCAUGCCUCUCCGUCUCCCAACCCAUCCACGUCGCCCUACUUUGUUCACUCCCAACUCCAGGGCCUCACUUUCCAAGACUACCUUCAGGCAAAACAGGCAAAAGCCAUCCAUGACGCCCGCAUGACCCACUUCCUCAACCCCUCCUCUGCCUCCGUCCACUCCGAUGGCACCCUCUCCGAGCCCUUCUCCGCUCGCAGUUCAGACUACGACGAGUUUGAAGACGACUACGCUGGCAGUCUAACCGCCCAGCUCGCAGAGACCGCCGUCGGCGUCCGCGAGAUGAGCAAGCAGCUUGGUCGCACCCGUGUCCACUCUCAUAUCCAAAACGUCCUCAUCGUCACAAAGGCAAGAGACAAUCGCCUCAUCCAACUCACCCGCCAGCUCGCCCUCUAUCUCAUGCGCAAACCCUCCCACCACGGCCGCGGUCUUGUCGUCUACGUAGACUCCCAGCUCAAGACCUCACGCCGCUUCGAUGCUGCCGGCAUCGAGCGCGACUAUCCCGAACUGUUUGUCCCCUUCCCUCGUCGCCGCUCUUCAAGUAGCUCCUCCCUUGCCACCUUCAGCUCAAAAGACGAGAACGGCCAUACCCUUUCCAGUGAAGGCCAGCUGCGGUACUGGAAUGCCGACAUGUGCAAUCGCAGUCCCCACCUUUUCGAUUUCGUCGUCACCCUCGGUGGCGAUGGCACCGUUCUCUUUACAUCUUGGCUGUUCCAACGCAUUGUCCCACCCGUCCUCCCCUUUGCCCUCGGGUCCCUUGGUUUCCUCACAAACUUCGACUUCGCAGACCAUCAGUCAGUCAUGGACCAUGUACUUGAAAAUGGCAUCCGCGUCAAUCUUCGAAUGCGUUUCACGUGCACAGUCUAUCGUGCAGUUACACCCGAGGAGGGGCGAAAACGUCGUGCUGUGAAGAAGGCAGACACGGGCGAAAUCUUGAUGAAGAACUUGGAGCAGGGCGGUUGGGAGGCUCUGGAGAGUGGCUGUGCAACCGUCCAUGACCCCACAGGCAAGUGCGGGAAGGACAAGGAAAUCAUGUGCUUCACCACGCGCCCUGUCGAGAGCUUCGAAGUCAUCAAUGACCUUGUCGUCGAUCGCGGACCUAGUCCGUACGUGAGCCAAAUUGAAUUAUUCGGUGAUGAACACCAUCUCACCACUGUACAGGCGGAUGGUCUCACUAUUUCGACACCCACUGGUUCUACUGCGUAUUCUUUGUCCGCUGGCGGUUCGUUGGUGCACCCCGAAAUUCCUGCGAUCCUCAUUACGCCGAUAUGCCCCCACACGCUGUCCUUCCGCCCCAUGCUUCUCCCAGACAGCAUGGAGCUCCGCAUCUGUGUACCUUAUAAUUCACGGAGCACAGCAUGGGCUUCUUUCGAUGGUCGGGGCCGUGUCGAGCUCAAACAGGGCGAUCACAUUAAAGUGACCGCAUCCAAGUACCCAUUCCCAACCGUGUGCGCUGACACUCAGUCCACUGAUUGGUUCAACUCCAUCUCUCGCACACUAAAAUGGAAUGAGCGCGAGCGCCAGAAGUCAUUUGUCGUCGUCGAAGAGGGUCCUGCGCGCAAGCACAAGCCACGGCGGGCCUCGCGUGCUGCAUCAAACGGCGACGUUCCAAAAGGUAACCCUGUCGCAUCUCCAGUGGCAGAUCAUCAGGCGCAGGAAGACGAGGAGCCGGAUAACGAAGAGGAGGAAGACGAAUGUUCUGAUGACGGUGAAGAUGAUGAAGAUGAGAAGUUCGACAUCGAUGACCUGUCCUCAAAUGAAUCUCCCCAGGGCAUGGAGGCUGCUCUGGCAGAAAACGCACUCAAACCAGAAGAAGAGAGGAUUGGACGGGAGAAGGUUAACGGUAUUGAUACGGGUACCAGAUCGGAGCAAGCGGCCGCUGAGCACGUUGCAAAUCUGCUAUCACAGGGCAACCCGCUCCUCAAGCACUCGUCCUCGCGUUCCGGCCUGCAGUCGGGGGUGGAAACGCCAGACAGGUUCGCAUGUCCCCAGCCACAUCCACCCAGGAUCUCUCCUCGGCAUGUCCAGUUUGCGUCUUCGAAUCGCUCCUCAUCAUCGUCUCUUGUCUCUAUGAGCCGCGAGCCCACAGCCACCGCUCCUCGAAGGGAGCGUCGUUCGAGAGAUGAGGGUGGAAGUCAGCCGCGUCGCUCGGGACAAUCCCGUAGCCGAACUCCGCGCACACGAGAAUUUGGUUCUGAUAGUGUGAAAACGCCCCGCGCGUUUGAAAAGGACCGCAGGAGGAGCAGCUCACGCAGUCGAUCGCGCGAGCGCGAGCGUCCACAUGCUCAUCAUGGCCACGGCCACGGCCACAAAGCUUUUGCUGUGUACGGACAGGACGAAAGUGACAGCGCGACAAGCGAUAGUGAUACAUAG